GCUUAACUAAAUAAAUAAAAAUAAACAUUUAUAUUUUGAUGAUGUCAAUUUUAAAUGAAACAGAUUUAUAUUUCUUAAAAUGUUUGGGUUUUCUCCAUUCCAGUGCCAACUUGAGAAAAGGCGAUACUGUACCUUUACAAUGUAUGGUGGAAGAGAGUAUUAAAAAUAAGUAUGGAGUUUCCAAAGACUACACUGAUAUUGUUCAAUCCUGGUUACCAGUUCAGGAUGAUAAUUUUACAACUAUAACAGCCUUUGAAGAUAGCAAAGGUUCUAAUUCUGACAAUGAACUUGAAUUAGAUUUAUUGAAAGAGGAUCUGAUGUGUGUAAUAUGCAAUGGAAUGGAUGUAGGAGCCCGAAAUCGUUUGGUGGAGUGUUCUGAUUGCCAUUCAUUGUAUCAUCAAGAGUGUCAUACACCAGUAGUUACAGGAGAUUCAUUUGAAAACUGGAACUGUUCUAAUUGUAAGGAAGAAGCAAGUAAAAAGGUGAAAUUAUCAGGUGCAGGAGAGAGCCCUUCUCACAGCAGUAGUCCUAAAUCUAGCUCUCAAAAGCAAUCUCCUUCAAGUUCUUACAAAAACUCAAGUUAUUCCAGGUGAAUUCCUGUUCAACCUAUGUGAAUCCUAUAAACUGUUGUAGAUAUAUAUAUAUAUAUAUAUAUAU